CCAAACCCCGUCCGGCCCCGAUCUCGAUCGAAGCAAUCCCCGGACCAAGAACCGGCGGUCCCGAGCGGCAGGGACAAGCCCGAGGCGAAGCAAAACAAGCAACGCAACACAACGCAGAGGAAACGAGAACAAGCACUCCGAGACGGUGUCUAGACACAAUGGGCACGGCAUCCAGAGAGCACGAGCACGAGCACGAGCAAGACAAAGACAAGGAGAACCUUUCGGUGAACCCCAACCCCGUGGAGCUCAUCGCCCGGCUGCGCAGACGGCCCCCCGGGGAGCGGGCCUACACGGACAAGGAGCUUUUCUCCCUGGUGUCCUCGUACACGGAGGGAGGCCUCCCGGACUACCAGAUGGCCGCCUGGCUCAUGGCCGUCUGCUUCCGGCCGCUGACCCCCCCCGAGACGGCGGUCCUCACAAAGGCCUGCGCGGCCUCCGGGAGGGUCCUGGCCUGGCCCUCGAGGAAGGACCGGCCCCCGCUGGUCGACAAGCACUCGACCGGGGGCGUCGGGGACAAGGUGUCUCUGGUGCUGGCCCCCCUGGUGGCCACCUGCGGGGUGGCCGUCCCGAUGAUCGCCGGGAGGGGCCUCGGCCACACGGGGGGGACCAUCGACAAGCUGGAGACGACUUUCGAGGGGUACAGGGCGGAGCUGGGCCCCGAGGACUUUGCAGGGAUCGUCCUCGGGGGCAAGCGCACUGGCAUUAGCGGUGCGAGCAAGGGUGCAAGCACUAGCAGCGGUGGUGCUAGCAUUGCCGGCUGCGCCGUUGCCGGCUGCGCCAUUGCCGAGGCCGGGCCGGAAAUCUGCCCGGCCGACCGCAAGAUCUACGCCCUCCGGGACGUCACCGCGACGGUCUCCUGCCCCACCCUGCAGACGGCCAGCAUCCUCUCCAAGAAGAUCGCCGAGCGGCCCGACUCGCUGGUCCUGGACGUCAAGUUCGGGGACGGGGCCUUCCAGCCGACCGUGGAGGAGGCCGCAGAGCUGGCAAGGUCACUGGUGGCCACGGGGGAGGAAAGCGGCCUGCUGCCCACGACGGCCUUUCUGACGAGGAUGGACCGUCCGCUCGGCAGGGCGGUGGGGAACGCGGUGGAGGUCGCCGAGUGCAUCGACGUGAUGAAGGGAGGCCUCGAGGGGCGGAAGAGGACCGGCCUCCGCCUCUCGGGGGACCUCAUCGCGCUGGUGGUGGUCCUGGCCGGCCAGAUGCUCUACCAGUCGGCCGGCCCGAGGGGGGAGGCGGAGGAGGGAGGGGGUGGCAAUGGCAAUGGCAAUGGCAAGAGCAGCAAUGGCAAUGGCAAUGGCAAUGGCAAUGGCAAUGGCAAUGACAAUGGCAAUGGCAAUGGCAAUGGCAAUGGCAAUGGCAAUGGCACCACCGAAGCCUCUCUCAAAGCCUCUCCCAAAGCCUCUCCCAAAGCCCCUCCCCCGGCGGACGCGAGCACAAGCACAGCCCCCCCCCACCCGUGCUAUUCCUCCAUGUCCCUCGACGAGUGCAUCGCGCACGCCUACCGGGUCCUGGACUCGGGAAGGGUCCUCCCCACCUUUCGGACCAUGCUCCUGGCCCAGGGCGCCGAGGCCGGCCCCCUGGACCGGGCCCUUUCCGAGGGGGCCUUUCCCCGAGCGGCCUUCUCCUCCUCCUGGAUCCACCGCGGGGGCACCCUCUGCCUCUCGGACGUCCCCGCCCGGGCCGUGGGCGAGGCGGCCGUCCUGCUGGGGGCCGGGAGGACGAACGCAGGGGCCGCCGUGGACGGGGCCGCCGGCCUCCUCUUUGCCAGGCAGGCCGGGGACCUCCUCGAGGACGGCGACACGGUCGUCACCGUGUACACCGAUCGGUCGCCGGAGGCGGCGGAGGCCGCCCUGGACCGGGUCCGAAGGGCCGUGGUCCUGGGGCCGCCCACGGACCAAGGGGCCGCCGCUUCGGGGACGCCGGUCGUGACGCACCGGGUGACCAGCGGCCGCGGGGUGGAGCCCUUUGCGAUGCCCGGGUUCCUCCGCGGCGGCGGCGGCGCGUGAGAACGGUUCGGCCAUGGACCGCGGUCCAAGCAACCUUGCACCGGUGCUCGGCAGCAAGGGGCAUCCACCAACCAAACCAAACCAAACCAAACCAAACCAAACCAAACCAACAAAACACCAAGACCGACCGAUUGGCAGAGUGCGGGGAAUGCCGCGAGAAACAAAGAAACAGCAAGAGGACAGGCACGAUUCGAUUCACGUGCUGCUCCGGGAGCAUCCGUUGCACGCUUCGCCGAUUGCUAGUACUGCGAGAAGCAACAGCGGCGGGUAGCGAAGCGAGUGUUGUGGCGGUUGUGUGUGGCAGCAGGAGAACACCGUGAACAAGAAGAAGAAGAAGAAGAAGACCAACCGAAACCAAACAACAAGCACGGCAGCAAGUCUUUCUUUGUGGAUGGAUCGGCUUGCCCUGCUGCUGCGCAUUGCGGUGCCGCUCUUGAGCUUACACUACUAGUACUAACUAGUACUAGUACUAGUACUAUUCUACAUUCUCACUCUCCGAACAAGAUAGCGACACGUUUCCGCAAAACCG